UGGACGUCUGACAGCUUCGCCAUGGCGGAAUCAGAGAAGCAGUCAGGAGCCACUCCUGAGGAUGAACCACCUGAAUUCAUAGCGACCUUCAUGGUACCCAAGAAGGAAAUUAGCACGGUGCCCGACAUGGGCAAGUGGAAGCGAUCUCAGGCAUAUGCCGACUAUAUGGGAUUCAUUCUGGCUCUGAAUGAAAGUGUGAAAGGAAAGAAGCUAACAUGUGAAUAUAAAGUUUCUGAGACUGCGGAGAAGCUAAUAGAUCUUUUGGGCACUCUGGACCGAUGGAUCAAUGAGACCCCUCCUGUUGACCAGCCGUCGCGCUUUGGUAACAAAGCAUUCAGAAGCUGGUUUGCUAAACUUGAACAGGAAGCAGAAGACUUGGUGUCAGCACUGCUACCUGCUGACAAAAAAGCUGCCGCUCCAGAGAUAGCAGUCUACUUGAAAGAGUCUGUGGGGAACUCCACCAGGAUAGACUAUGGAACAGGUCAUGAAGCAGCUUUUGCGGCAUUCCUCUGCUGCCUCUGUAAAGUGGGAGCCCUUGGGGUAGAUGAUCAGCUGGCGAUUGUUUUCAAGGUUUUUAACAGGUAUCUCUUUGUGAUGCGGAAACUUCAGCGGACCUACAGAAUGGAACCGGCUGGAAGCCAAGGUGUAUGGGGCCUGGAUGACUUCCAGUUUCUGCCUUUCAUAUGGGGCAGCUCACAAUUUGUUGAUCACCCAACCCUAGACCCUCGGCACUUCGUUGAUGAGAGAGUGGUUAAUGAACAUCACCAAGAUUACAUGUUUCUGGAGUGCAUCAAGUUUAUAAAUGAGAUGAAGACCGGCCCAUUUGCCGAGCACUCUAACCAGCUGUGGAACAUCAGUGCUGUUCCGUCCUGGUCCAAAGUCAACCAGGGACUGAUCAGAAUGUAUAAGGCUGAGAGCAGCCUGCGAGUCUUCCCAAAGAGCUGAGGGGCCAAGCUGUCUGCCCCCCUCCCCCUCCUCUGCCAUUCCCUUCAUUAAAUCCACCCCUCCCUCUGUCCCAACGUUCCUCCAAGCCUGGAGCAACCAUCAGCAGACUCGCAUUCCUCACUCCCUUUUGCUGGCCCCACACAAGGUUUUUUGGGCAGAGUUUGAGUCUGCCUGGAGAAAGCAGGAGCUCGCGUUUUCUGUCUGAUGGGUGCUAAAAAUGAUUCUAAAGGCAUGAAAUGACACAUUUGGAUUGUGACAGUGGCAGACAGGCUUGGGGGGGAAUGAGAACAUGUCACAGAUCCAUGCAGUAUGACUUGUUUUUUUGUCCAUUUUUUGUCUUUCAUGAUAAGUUAACGUGCAUAUGCCGGAAAAAAUCUUGAAAGACUCAACUUUUUCAGUAAAAGAGAAGAAGUGCCCCGGUAAAUGUACUGUGUUUGUAGUCAGAUUUUUCGGUCCAGAGGCAUACCGAUUUUCCACACAGUACACAUUUAGUGAGGGACAUGAAGUGUGCCUCUCGCCAAGGAGAAGCCAGAGCUUGAAAAGCCUCUUCUGUGGUUAAACUGUCCUGUUUGGGAACACUUGUCCUUCCCGGUGAAAUACGGAAAGGGACAAAGACAAGUGGAUAAGAUGAAAACAGUGUGCCGCAAUUGUUCAGUAGAAAUGGGGAACUAGGAGACUACAAGCUGGAACUAUUCAUAAGACACGUCAACCAAUAAGAAACUUUACAAAAAAUAAAGUAAUAACUCUUAGGCUACAUUCACACUGCAGGGGGUGAUUCAAUUUCAAGGAUUUUGUGCAACGGGAGUCAAUAUUUUCUUAACGAAAUGAUCCUGCGCAGAAGAUUAAGAAGAAAGAAGGCAAGAUUUUUGGCUAUGGCUAGUUUGUGAAGAACUUGCUGUUACUUUUUAAAAAUAAUUUUUGCAUGACGAGAAGAGUUUUUGCCUACAUCGGUGAGCAACUUUAUCCAGGUGUCUGUAAACACGGCAUUACAUGGUUUUGGAUGACGUAUAGGUUGGAUAUAUGCGACCUGACCGUUCAUCAUGCAGUAGCAUCACAUACAUGUCGGAUUUAUAUGUACAUACGAAUGAGACCUGAGUCGCAUUUGAAAAAAAUCUGAAUUGUUCUGUUCACACUUUGCAUACUGUUAAAAAUAACAUUAAGCCAUUAUUAAUGAGAUAUAUCUAAUUUCAUGUCGAUCUCAUGUGUAUAUGUACAAAAUGUACCAAAGUGGCUUCCUGCAUCCCUCAGUUUUUCUGUAUCCAACCCUUGGUGGAAGAAAUGUGGGCACCCCUCUCAUAUUUUAUUUCGGAUUUUAUUUAUUUAUUUUUUUGACCCUUUUAUUUAUUGGAGAAUUACCUGCCAGUCAUUUGCAUUUUUUAUUUUAUUUUAAAAAUCAUUGAAGCUGUUUACGCAAAAGCUACAUAGUUUUUCAAUAUUUUUAUAUAUGUAAAAUAAUCCAAACCAUGACCUUAAAAUCAAGGUAUGUACCCAACUGUGAUGAUGGCGUAACAUUACACCUGUAGUAAAAACCUUUAUACAGUCGUCCCUUGUUAAUCGCGGUUAAUUGGUUCCAGACGCACUCACAAUAAGUGAAUUGCCACGAAGUAUGAUUCAAUAUUAAUAAAUAACAUAAUAAACAGAAUCUUUUCAUAGUUAGAGCAUAGAAAACCUGUUUCUGACUUCCAAAAUACUGUUUUUACCAUUAUUAGAGCCCUCUAGACAUGAAAUAACACCCCUAUAGUCACCUUUACACACCUAUUAUUCUUUGUUUACACCACAUUGCGCAGGCUACAGGAUCACUGCAGGGACAUAAGAUAUGGCAGGCACUCAUAGCAUAUACUAAGCUACCAAGCUAACUAGUUAGCCUCCAAUGUAUUUGUUCUAAACUUAAGAAAGUGUUUCAAACGGAGUGGGGAAGGACAAAGAAGCCAAAAAUGAACCACUUCCACACUGAAUGGGAGGAAAACUUUUUUCACUAUGUCAUGUCGCACAUACCACGGCUGACUUCAUGCAGUGUGAAGGUAAUGUAAUCUGUGUCUCAAUAUAACAUCACUAACGCCUAGUCACCACAAUACUACAUAUGACUCGUCUUUCAAUACUUUUGGACAACUAACAGGCCAAACUAACCACGAAACAGCAAUCAUUUAUUAAUUUUGAAAAAUGGCAAUAGAGCAAGGGUGCAAUAUUUGAACUGCGAUGUAGCGAGGGAUGACUGUACAGUGGAACCUCGGAAUUGAAUUUCCCAAAUUGACAUUGAAAAUUGAAAAACUGAGAACUUGAUAAUAUGUAUUUAUCUGUAGAAACUGUAAGAUUUGCUGGCACCAGCCUUCUGCAUACAUAUCAAAAUAAAUGAAUAAAAAGAGCUGAGAGAACAUCUGCAACAACUUAUGUCAAUUUACAAGUUAAGUUUACUCGGCGCAAACUAUACCUCAUUUUUGCCUAAUUUUACUGAAAAAUUUAGCACCCAAGUGAGGCAAACAUACUUUUUUUUUGUUCUGGUUACUACUGUUUACAUCAGCACUGGUGGAGAUGGCAUUGGCCUGGAUUGGCAGCCAUGUCAGUCUACCCCAGGGCAACUGUGUCUCCAGAUGUAGGUUACCACCACCAGUAUGGACUGUGGAAUGAAUGAAUACUGGCUCAGCGGCACACUUGAGCAAAAUAAUGGGAUCCAGACUUUCUGAAAGACUUGGAGCCAAUUUAGAAGAACGUGCAUCUCUCUCUCCCCUGUAGUUGUUUCUCCCUGCUCUGUCGACAAGGGCACCAUUACGCCUUCUCAUUUAUCUGUUCGUUAUUGGUGGUAGUCAGACUGUUGUUUUUCAUUUGUUUAUCUUGGAACUUUUAUUGUGGCCAGUGUUCUCUUGUCCCUCCCCGGUUGCUGAUCUCUUCUAUCCCGUUUUCUCUUUCUAUCCUGUGUCCUGCUACUCUGUAGCUUUAGCUCAACCCAGGUGGUUGAGACAAGACGACCACAGAGUCUGGGUUCUGUUCAAGGUUUCUUUCCUAGAGAGAGUUUUUCCCCUUACCUUUGUCGCCCAAGUGAUUGUAGACCCGCUCAAUGUGCCAAGUACCUUGUAUAGCAUCUGUUGUGAAUUGGCACUAAUACUGUAAAUACAAUUGAACUGAACUGCAUCACAGCAAAAGAUAUCACUCUCGUCUCCAGUCAUUCAGCGGCUGGCACAAGAAUAGAAACAGCAAGAAUGUCUGCUUAGUCAGUGACCGUGUUAAUAAACACAAUAAGGUUGAUUUGGUCCUCAGUUAGGUCCUUGAGGAACAACGGGUGCUUGUUAGUACGUUUACAUGCACGAAAGCGAAAGAAAGGACCUAUUGCAUAAAACUGAUUAAAACCAGCUUUUUAAAAUGCAUGUAAAAACACUUGAAGCUGAGGUUGUUCGACCUUCCAAAGGUUGGAGAAACAUGCGUGGACGAUUCAGCAGGGGUGUAACAAUACUCCAUCACGGUUUGGUAUAAUAUCUUGGUUUUAGGUUCUUCUUGGGUAUAGUAAAGGAAGCAAAAUGCAAAACAUAAAGCUGCUUAGCUUUUGUGUUAACAGUUUAAAUGAUUUUGAAAAUGAAAUAUAAAAAGCUGCAAACUACUGGAAGGUACCGGAAUUUCUGCACUAUAGAGCGCACCUUAGCUCAAGUAGGUUCAUUUUGUCUUCUUCUAAAAUGAAUGUUCAAUUUCUUAUGUUCAGACGACUUUUUUUUUUUUUUAAGGUAUUUUGAGUGGAAAUUUUACAUGUACAUG